UUUCUACCAUCUUUAAUAUUUUAUAUUUACAAUUGGCAAUUUCAGCCAAUAAAUUUAGAUCGAUUUAGCAACAUUCCAUUUAGAUGGCAGACACACCAGAAUCCCAAGCGGCAUUGAGCACAUCCACUACCACGCCCGCUGACAAAGAUGGCUCAAAGAUUUGUAUCCUCCUCAACGCCACUGGGAAUGUGCCCAUCAUCAAAAAAAGAACCUGGACUGUGGAUCCAAACAAAACCGUCAGCUGGAUACAGAAGUUUAUUCACAAGUUUCUUAAACUUGAUGCCAGCGAGCAAAUUUUCCUGUACGUUAAUCAGACAUUUGCACCCGCCCCCGAUCAGAUAAUUAAAAACCUGUACGAGUGUCAUGGAACCAAUGGAAAACUGGUACUCUAUUAUUGCAAGAAUCAGGCGUGGGGCUAAAUCGAUACGCACAUGACUUUGCUAAAUCUUAAGUAUUUAUUCGACUACUUUUUAAUUUGUAUAUUAUUAAAUGUGAAUAAGCUGA